CAUCCGGGAAUCUGAUGCGAACUCGCUCUCCAACAUGGCGGCGGCAGCUAAGAAAAAGGGGAAUAAGAAGGGGAAGACUCUGACCCUCACUGACUUCCUCGCAGUGGACAGUGGGAGUGGGGGCAACGCUCCACCACCGCAACCCAGCUACGCCAAGUCCACCAGCUGGGCUGAUGAGACCGAUGACAUGGAAGGAGAUGUGUCCACCUCCUGGCACACAGGGGAGGACAGUUACCGGGCCCCCGCAAUAGACCGUAACAUCCUGCCCACAGCUCCACGGUCGUCCCGUGAGCCCGAUGUGGACCGCUCACGCCUCCCCCGUAGCCCCCCCUACACUGCCUUCCUGGGCAACCUGCCUUACGACGUCUCAGAGGAAUCUAUCAAGGACUUCUUCCGGGGCCUAGCGAUCAGUGCGGUGCGCUUGCCACGGGAGCCCAGUAACCCAGAGAGGCAGAAGGGCUUUGGCUACGCAGAGUUUGACGACGUGGACUCCCUCUUGAGGGCGCUGACUCUCAACGAGGAGAACCUGGGAAACCGCAGGAUCCGGGUUGAUAUUGCAGAUCAGUCCAACGACAAAGAGGGGAGAGACAAUGGUCAGAUGGGUGGACGAGACCGGAUGGGCCCCAUGGGAGACAUGGCAGGCCCCGACAAGACAGACAGUGAUGACUGGAGGGCCCGGCCUGCUGCAGACGCCGACGAUGGACCCCCAAAGAGAGAGGAAUCCGCCUUUGGGUCACGCGACCGCUACGGAGACCGUGACGGGCUGCGAAGGGACAACGACCGCGGCUUCGGCGGCGACCGGGACCGCGGCUUUGGCGGCAGAGACCGCUAUGACGACCGGGGAGGUGAGAACGGAGCCUUUGGCUCUCGCAGGGAUAGGGAUGACGGCGGCCGACGUGCCUUCGGCAGUGGGUACCGCCGUGACGAUGACUAUCAGAGUGGUGGAGGUGGUGGUGGUAGCCGCUAUGGGGCCCGGGAUCGCUAUGGCGGAGACAGGGAGGGCCGGUACGAGAGGCAGGACGAAGGGCGUGAGGAGAGAGGUGAGGGUGGUCCAACCGAGAGGCCCAAGUUGGUCCUGAAGCCGCGCGGCAUGGCCGAGGAGCAGCAGGCCAGCAGCGGUGGGGCUCCCCCAGCUGCUCCGGCAGCCGCCCGCAGCUCUGGUCGAGCCUCCAUCUUCGGAGCGGCCAAGCCCGUGGACACAGCGGCUAAGGAGCGGGAGGUGGAGGAGAAGCUCCAGAGGCAGCUGGAAGAGGACAAGUCCAAGGGCUUCGAUAGGAAACCUCGCGACAGAGACAGGGACCCAAGCUGGAGGAAUGAGGAGCCACCUUCUGAGCGUUCCCGCACAGGAAGUGAGUCAUCACAUCCAGGAAGUACCUCUGGAGGGAGAGCCUCACGGCGCAGAGAGAGCGAGCGCUCAGUGGAGAACGAAGUAUUCAGUGGUAAGGAGGACGACCCUCCCUCUCCCGGGUCUCGCCCCUCUUCCGCCAACUCUUCCACCUUCUCCUCCAAGGAGCCCCUCAAGGUGAUGCCUGCACCGCCACCUAAGGAGAAUGCCUGGGUCAAGCGGCCUGCGUUGAGUACCGGGUCCAGCGAGGGAUGCGCCCCUAUCUCCACCAGUGACACGGCACCUCCCAAACUGAGCUCGAGUUCUGCAAAUGAAAGAGGAUCUAGUAAGGACGAGAAUAAAGUGGACGGUGUGCGUCUGGACCGGGGCCCCCCACGGGGGAGAGGGGGGGCCGCAGUGCCUGGAGCAGGGCGGGGCCGAGGAGAGGGGGCCAACAGAGACCGACGAAGGGAGGAAGACAGAAAGGCUAAAAGAAGAGGCCGAGACUCAAGACCUGCACCAGAGCCAAAGAAAUACGAAGAGUCCCCCACCCUCAUAUUCAGCUCAGCCAGUAAAUACGCUGCUCUGCUAAUGGACAGAGAGCAAGGAGAUGACGCAGAGAAUGGUUUGGAAUAAAACCAGAAGGGGAGAAAGAAGAGGAAAUCCAGCGAAUGAAAGAAUAUCACAUUAAAUAUGAAAAUCUCCUCACCUGGAGUAGAGGCACCUGGGAAAGUCAUCACUCCUUCCUUCUUUACUCAAAACCCAUCCCAGACCUCUUCCCUACCCCCUCUCUUCAGGACUUUUCCGUUUCUAAAAAGAGUAGUCACAUACUGGACUUGUUUUAAAUGGAAAAGGUAAGGAGUAGUUGACAUUCAAGAAAAGAUAAUUUAAUUAAUUGUAAUAAAUAAAUAAAGUGGUGUAAAAAUGA